GGUUUAUGAACACAAGUUAAAAUGUCCUCACCACGCCCAAAAUCUCCACGGACACCAGUUUUACCCAAAAAGGAGGAUAAAGAAGAAUCAUUUUGGGACAAAAUUGGCACUAUCGGUCGUAAGAAACGCAUAAAGGAAGUACAAGAAGUACAAGCAGAGGGAAAAUAUGCAAUAGAUUCACCAGGAAGUCCUACAGCACCAGAAAUCCCGCCUGAGGAAUAUAGUUUGCAUGAUAACGAAGAAAGAGCAAUUAUUGAGCCUAGGUGUUUAGAAGAUCCUAGAGUAAAGGAGCUGGUUCAGGUUUUGAUUGAUUGGAUUAACGAUGAGCUUGCAGCUCAAAGAAUUAUUGUCAAAGACAUUAGUGAAGAUCUUUAUGAUGGGCAAGUUCUUCAGAAAUUGUUGGAGAAGUUGACUGAGACAAAGUUAGAUGUUCCAGAAGUGACUCAGUCUGAAGAGGGUCAGCGUCAGAAACUUGCAGUGGUCUUAAGAGCAGUAAAUAGGGUGCUAUAUGGAACAUCAAAACCAGUUCAGAAAUGGAGUGUGGAUUCAGUUCAUUCCAAGAAUGUUGUAUCAAUAUUGCAUCUGCUUGUUGCUCUGGCCCGUCAUUUUCGAGCACCAAUCCGUCUCCCAGAAAAUGUUAGUGUGAAUGUUGUGGUGGUCAAGAAAGAUGCCUCUAAUCAACUGUCUCACAGAACAUACAUGGAGGAUAUAACUACUACCUAUGACGAUCUGGGAAUGAAAUGCGAGCGAGAUGCCUUUGACGCGUUGUUUGAUCACGCUCCAGACAAAUUGCAGGUCGUCAAAAAGUCACUCAUAACAUUCGUGAACAAACAUCUCAGCAAAGUGAACUUGGAAGUUAUGGAUCUCGACACGCAAUUCCACGAUGGUGUCUACCUUUGCCUCUUGAUGGGAUUGCUGGAAGGAUUUUUUGUACCUCUGUAUGACUUUCACCUAACACCUCAAGACUUUGAUCAGAAAGUGCACAAUGUAUCCUUUGCCUUUGAACUGAUGCAGGAUGUGGGGCUUGCUAAACCAAAAGCAAGACCUGAAGAUAUUGUGAAUCUCGACCUUAAAUCUACUUUAAGAGUGCUUUAUAAUCUUUUUACCAAAUAUAAGAAUAUGGCUUGAAGUUGUCAGAAAUUUAUAUACUAUAUUUGCAGCGGAAAAUGUGUAGUUGUUUUAAAAAAAUUGGACAAGAAUUUUAACA